AUGAACCGAAGUCGAGAUUUGACGGCAAACGACAAUUGGAGUGGAGAUAUUAGUCCUCUGAGUGAAAGCAUCAACUCGUCGGGCCAGAACCCAUUCGAUGCAAAAUCAACGCCUCCAGCAACACAGCGAGAAAACUUGCGCAGUUUAGGCGGUUCUAAUUCAACAGUGCUGCUGAGUAGUAACCCCCACGCGGGCCAAGCUCGACCACCUCAACAACACCCUUCCGAUUUCUCGAGCUAUUAUGGACGUCUCUUUGUAGUCAACGGAGAGAGCACCCCGGACAGCAACUCGAGGCUCUUGAGCACACCAUCGAGCGGCUCCAUUUCCUCCCUCGCCAACCCAUUCACACCUCCGCCGACAAAGUCAUAUUUCUCGCAAGCCAGCAACAGUCCCAGCAAUUUGAAAAGUCCCAUACGAAGUAACAGCGUGAAAAUAAGCAGACCUCCGUCAUACAACAGAUACCCCACCAUCAACGGCUCAAACUACGCGCCGGCUUAUCCAGAAAAUAUACAAGAACACCACCACCAACAGCACCAACAGCAGCAACAUCUUGCUACUUCAUACCGAGACUCGCCGCCGUCACCGCUGUCACCGCUGUCACCGCUGUCACCGUCGUCACCGCCCUCCUCUGCUUCAACCACUGCUCUCAACGAGAAAAACAUACUCCUUAAGGAGUCGCGGCAGGAGCCACCUAUAGACAAGGAAAAGAAUUUUCUAUACCAUUAUUCAGACGUCAGCCCCUUUGGCGGGUACCCUGCAUCUUCUUUCCCCUUGGACAUCAAUGAAAAGGAGAGCGACGACCACUUGCACAACCCGGACCCGAUAAAAGACGCCAAGUACGAAAGGCAUCGGUUCUGGUACGAUUUCAAGUAUGGCGAUACCAGAUCCCGCUUCGGGAUCCUCGGGUUUGUCUUUCUUUUCGCAGCCGCGAUUGCCGUGUUUGUGAUUUUGCCCUGCGUGACAUACACGGGGGUCACUGACCAUCGAACAGUGGUGUACCAGACAUAUGAGACUUUGACCCAUUACAAGUACCCGCAACUAAGUGCCAUUCGCACAACUUUGGUUGACCCCGAUACACCAGAAGAUGCAUUGAGCAUAAAAGCGCGCGAUGGAAGCCAAUGGACCCUCGUAUUUAGCGAUGAGUUUAAUGCUCAAGGAAGAACUUUUUAUGAAGGCGACGACCAAUUUUUCACAGCGCCAGACUUGCAUUACGACGCCACCAAGGAUUUGGAAUGGUACGACCCUGAUGCUGUGACCACCGGAAAUGGAACCCUCAAUCUUCGAAUGGAUGCCUAUAAGAACCACAACUUGUUCUACAGGUCGGGCAUGGUUCAAUCAUGGAACAAGAUGUGUUUUACCCAGGGCAAGAUUGAAGUCUCAAUACGGUUGCCCAAUUACGGUACCGUUUCUGGAUUGUGGCCCGGGAUAUGGACAAUGGGCAACUUGGGCCGCCCCGGCUACUUGGCCACAACCGAGGGAGUUUGGCCCUACUCGUACGACACCUGUGAUUCCGGCAUCACGCCAAACCAAUCGUCACCAGAUGGACUUUCGUAUCUUCCAGGCCAGAGACUAAACAGCUGCACGUGUCCCGGGCAAGACCACCCCAAUCGAGGCGUAGGUCGAGGCGCACCGGAAAUCGAUGUCAUUGAAGCCGAGGUUAUGACCGAUCCCAAAGGCAACAAACCCAACAAUGGUAUUGCCUCGCAAUCGUUGCAGAUUGCGCCCUUUGAUAUCUGGUACAUGCCCGAUUACAACUUUAUUGCCAUCCACAAUGCUUCGGUGACUACCAUGAACACGUAUGCGGGCGGGCCGUUCCAACAGGCUAUAAGUGGAACAACCAUGUUGAAUACCACAUGGUAUGAGCGUCUUGACAGAAAUGACCCUGGCGCUUCCGGAUAUUUCCAAAAAUACGGAUACGAAUACAUCAAUGAUGAUAACUCGGGUUACUUGCGUUGGUUUGUCGGUGAUGACCCCACGCUUACGUUGAUGGCCACUGCAUUGCACCCCGAUGGAAACAUUGGAUGGCGAAGGAUUUCUAAAGAGCCAAUGUCGAUAAUCAUGAACUUGGGAGUGAGUAACAAUUGGGCUUAUAUCGACUGGGUCUCGUUGGUGUUUCCCACCAUCUUCCGCAUCGACUACGUGAGGGUUUACCAACCUCCCGGUGCCGUUAAUGUCGGUUGCGACCCCGAUGAUUUCCCCACGCACGACUACAUUCAGCUGCAUUUGAACAUGUACGAGAAUGUGAAUUUGACCAGUUUGGAAGAUGCAGGUUAUACCUACCCCAAGAAUACCUUGCUUGGCUGUUGA